AAGUCGCACCAUGCUGUCUUUGAGGAGAUCAAUCUCCCUGGCUGCUGUCAGGGCUCGACCGCUUCGCUCUGGUCGCCAUCCCGCGCUGAGGGCCUGGGGGCCAGCAGCUGCCGGGCCCAAGUCUGUUGCGAUUGCUCGGUCAUUCGCUACCGUGGGGAGCGAAGGAAGCGACUCGGACUUUGCGCCUAAAGCCAAGGCUCCGGCAGCCAGUGAGGGCAGAAACGUGCAGGCAGAGAUCAAGAACCUGGUCUCGUCGCGCAAAGUGGUUCUCUUCAUGAAGGGAACGCCCGACUUCCCCAUGUGCGGCUUCAGCAAUAAGGCUGUGCAGAUCCUCGACUUUCACAGGACUCAAUAUGGCGCAUUCAACGUGCUGGAAGACAUGGAAGUGAGGGAAGGAGUGAAGCAGUUCUCUGCAUGGCCAACGAUCCCUCAGCUGUUUGUCAACGGCGAGUUUGUGGGAGGCUGCGACAUCAUGAUGGAGAUGCAUCAGAAUGGAGAGCUCAAGCAGCUCCUCAGUGACGCGGGAGCUCUCAAGUGAAGGGCCCUAAGCCGGCAUGCCAUGUAGCAUCAUAUAUUGUACAUCCCUAGUGCCAGCGGCGCCUGCUCCUCCUGUUCGUGAGCCUCCAUCUCCUUUACCACCUCAAGGUUGGACGAGAAGCUAUUGCG